AUGCCUUCCACAGUCCAGCCUUCUCAGGCAUACCCGGCCUAUUUCAUCGGUCAUGCCGGGGUCGGAUUACUGUUCAAUGAGUCUUCUAACAACAAAACUGUCCAAGAUAACUUGAGAUAUAUUGGGAAGGAGAUUCUAUCCCUUUCUCCGCGACCCAAGGCGCUUAUUGUCUUCAGUGGCCAUUUCGAAGCGGGUGAAAUUCAUGGGCCGGGGGUUAUUGAAGUAAACGUCAAACGCAAUACAUACAUCCAACACGACUUCGUCAAUGACUUCCACGACACCCGCACAUCAGUCUACGAAUACGACUGGCCACACCACGACGCCCCAGAUCUCGCAGUGCAAGUCUGGUCGCAUCUCGUCAAAGCCGGGAUCAAAGCAAAGCGCGUCGAGCGCGGCGUCGAUCAUGGUGUUUGGGUCCCCUUUAAAGUUAUGUUUCCCGAGGAGACUCCACUAGAUAUUCCUGUCGUUCAGGUUUCGACGUUUCAUGGGUAUGAUCUGGCGAGUCAGAUUCGGUUAGGGGAGGUUGUAGGGGCAUUGCGUCAUGAGGGGUAUGUGAUCCUCGGCUCAGGUAUGGCUGUCCACUCUUUUGCCUCAAUCGAUGAAAUCAGGAGUGCACUGAGCGAGGAGAAGCGUGAAGCCACGUCGGCUAAGGUCCUCGCCGAGUCAAGAGCAUUCGACACGCAUCUACGAGAGGCAGUGACGAAAAGAGCCGCAAAGGAAAGACGCGAGGGGCUCUUGAAGCUCACGGAGCUCUAUGAGUUCAAGCGAUCUCAUCCAACUGUCGAGCAUUUCACGCCCCUCUUGGUUGCCGCCGGGGCGGCGGGUGAUGCAGAGGUUGAACCCCUCGGCGUGGAUAUCGUGGAACCGGGGAUGUCAUAUUUGAAUCUACGCUUUGCUUGA